AUGGCGCCGCGGCGCCUUCGUCUCCAUCUCUUCACAUCCUAUUCCAAGCGAACCCAGCCGCGUCCGACGUCUAUUCGCGUGUUUUCCAGCAGCUCUCGAUUAGAAAAGAAACAGACAGCCAGUCAACCUUCCGUCACGAAUGACUAUGAGAAGCGUAUACAUCAGCUCAACAGCUAUGCCGAGAACCAGUCGAUAUGGUAUCCGAACUUGAGCUCAACCAGGAAAAGGAGGACUCCCAUCAAUCAGUUUCGGCGGGAAUACGAGGAUCUAAAGCAGAGCAGUACAGCCACAAGCGAAUUACACAUCCUCGCGGGUCGUGUUUGGUCCGUUCGCACUUUCGGGGUACGCCUGCUCUUCUUUGAAUUAAGCCAGGCCGGUCGGACGGUGCAGGUGAUUGUGUCAUUCAAAAAGCUCUUUCAUGAACACAAUGCUGCCAAUUAUGACGAAGAUGAACUCCAGCAGCGCUUCAAGAAAUUUUCGAACACCAUCCGAAAGGGUGACUAUUGGAAAGUACAAGGCCAUGCACAUCGAACUGCAAGCGAUGAGCUCUCUUUGCAAGCGAGCUCACUUCCGACGCUACUCUCGCCGUCGCUACACCAGAUCCCGAGGAUGCUGGACGAUGCGGAGACCAAGGCUACCAAGCGGCACGUUGAUAUGCUGGUCAACCAGAAAGCUGUCCAGACCUUGCGCGUGCGACAUCUCGUGGAGAAAGGCAUGAAGGACUAUUUCGACUACAUCGGAUUCACUGCCGUACACACACCACUUUUGACCGCUGGUGCCGGUGGCGCCGUCGCCCGGCCGUUUGAAACCACCGCUACGGAGCUCUCUGACCAGACCUUGAACCUGCGCAUAGCGCCCGAGUUGUGGUUGAAACGCCUCGUCGUUGGAGGGAUGGAGAGGGUUUACGAAAUGGGACCCGCGUUCCGGAAUGAAGGCGUAGAUGCUACGCACAACCCCGAGUUCUACAUCUUUGAGUUCUACGAAGCGUUUGCCACGCUCGAUGAUCUCAUGCAGAGGACGGAGAAGCUUCUGUCUACGUUAUCAGAGAAGCUUGCAGAGUUCCAGAAGGACGAACGCCUCUUCAGUCUGCCGCCAGUGCUGGUCAUCGACACUCCCUUUCACAGUAUGAAGUUCAUUCCUACCCUCGAGUCUCAGCUUGGUCAAUCCCUGCCUCAGCUAGAUACGGAAACGGCUCUCGAAGAACUCUUAGAGAUCUUCAAGGCCAAUGACGUUCAACCACCUUCGAAACCUACGCUGCCACGCCUACUGGAUGCGCUUUCAUCCCACUAUCUCGAGCCUCUAUGCAGAGAACCAACAUUCAUCACUCACCACCCUGCCUGCCUCAGCCCGCUCUCCAAACACGAAACCUGCACGGAGACUGGUCAAAUUGUCUCCUUGAGGGCAGAACUCUUCAUCGGCGGCCACGAGAUCGCCAACAUGUACGAAGAAGAGAACUCGCCGUUCGAGCAGCGGAAGAAGUUUGAAGAGCAGCUGAAGUAUCGCGAUGUCGACGGGGAGGGCGACAGGAGGGAUAUCGAUGAGAGUUACUUGAGAGCACUUGAAUGGGGUCUGCCGCCUACUGGAGGCUGGGGGUGUGGUAUUGAUCGUUUGGUCAUGCUGUUCACGGGCAGGGAGAGGAUUGGAGAUGUGCUGCCGUUCGGGACGCUGAGGAAUGUGGUCGGGGCCAGCAAGUAG